AGGCUCCUUGUACCGUGGGUUUUGCAGCCCACAGCCCACUGCUCCCCUCUCGCACAACCGGUUCGACGUCUUGGACCUGCCUGGCUGCCACCGUCGCCUUUCAAAAGGAAGAGAAGUGGAGAAAUAGCUGAGUUCCUUCCCCCAGCUCCACAAGACCACCAGCCUUCCACCACAAGCCAAGUGUGUCCCACGAGAGAUUCGCAGCCAUGUCCGACGAGCUCAAGAGCCGGUACGCGGCCGCCGUUGCCGCCGCCGCCGCCUCCUCCGACCUGGCUCCCUACGCGACGAUGAGGGCCUCGGCCGACGCCGACCGCAGGCCGAACGCCGUCUCCGCCACCGCCGCCCUGGGCUCCCCGCCGCCGGCCUCCGCCGGUGCCGCGGCCGCGUCGCCUACCGCGCCCAAGAUCCAGCUCAAGAGCGCCGACAUGAAGGAGGAGAUGCAGAAAGAGGCAUUCGACAUCGCCCGCGUCGCGUUCGAGAAGCACACUAUGGAGAAGGACAUCGCGGAGUACAUCAAGAAGGAGUUCGACAAGAACCACGGCCCCACCUGGCACUGCAUCGUCGGCCGCAACUUCGGUUCAUACGUGACGCACGAGACAAACUACUUUGUGUAUUUCUACAUCGAUUCUAAAGCCGUCUUGCUAUUCAAAUCUGGGUGAUUGGUGCAGCUGAUGCCGCCACUCUUCUUCUGCUUGUCUGCAACUGCGCUGGAAAUCGAACAUUUCUUGGAGCCUCCAUGUUGGUGUGAGAUUAGAUCGUGUCUCUAUUCUGCUAGAUGUUGCUGGCGUUGUCUCAUUGUAAUAUUGCCAGAAAAAAAAUUGGACCAAAGAUCAUCACCAACAAUGUAAAAACUCUGAUCUGCUGACUAGUUGGUACCGUUACGAAAGAAGGUGAGACGGCCACUUCAGUUGACGAAAUUAAAAGAUUGCGCUUUGCUCGUA